AUGAAGCGUAAAGCUCGAGCACAAGCGUCCAUGGACUCGGAACCUGUUGUCAAGCGGCUUCGUGUACCAAAGAAGACACGUCAAGUCUCACGUCGUGCACCUCUCAGUACUCACUUGGCCAUGAAGGAAGAAGCACGUGCGAAGCAACAGGCAGAGGAAGUCAGCCGUGCAACGGGAUUUAUCAGCUCGUUCCUUCAGGAUCUUGUGCUGCUUGAUAGUGUAUACGACCGAGCUGAAAUUCACGUCAAGGAAGAGCUGCCUUUCGUUCCAACGCCCUAUAUUGACUUGCCACGUGUCCCCGUCAUAGCAGAUGAAGAGACGCUGGAGCGUAUUUUGCAAGACGAACACGGCGAUGUCUGCAAAGGAGUAGACAGUGCAACCUCAGCAUUGGAGGCACUGGCGUCCAUGUCCGAUGGCAAAACGUCGCCCGUGGAUGUUGGCGAGAGCUGGGACAGUCUUGAGCUCGGUGACUACUGGCUACCAACUGAUCAACCAGGCGUGAACUUCGAACCUUUCAUUGGGGAUGAAGACGUAUUUGUUGCAGAUGUGUGA